GUAAAAAUGAGAAAACCAAUUUCGUAGAAAAAUUGAGAUUCAAAAACAGUUUUUUUAAGUCUGUUUUUGCAUAAACCCUACUUGAUUCACAAUUAAAUUGAUUCAUGAUGUAUUACAUUCAAUAGCAACAAAUCAGUUUAGCUGUAAAUCAACAGUAAACUUCAAUAUAAAACUUUAUAAUUUAAGAAUAGACUUUGUGGUUAAAUUAUAUAAAAAUUGAUGUUUGAGUAAAUUUAUUAUUUUUAAUUUUGAAGGCUAAAAGAGGAGGAAAUUAUCCAAAAAUAUUUCUUGGUGGUCUUCCUGCCAAUGCUACUGAAACAGAAUUAAGAAGUUUUUUUGGGAAAUAUGGAAAGGUAAUGGAAGUUGUAAUUAUGUAUGAUCAAGAGAAGAAGAAAUCCAGAGGUCCCUGAAUAAGGGCUGUUUGUUUAAUCCUGGUCUGACACAAACAACUGUUUUAAAUAUAAAUUUAAUAAUUUAAGUGGUAUAAUAUUAGAGCAUGCCUUUAAUUAGAAUCACUUAAGUUUAAAAAUAGCUUAUAAAAAUUUUGGAUGUUUGUUCCCUGUUGCACUGUCAUAUUUGGCUGUUUUGUGGAAAAUGAAUAUUUGAUUUAUAAAAUCAGUGGUAUAUGGGAGAGGAACAUACAAGAUUUUUUAAUAGUAAUCUAAUAAUGAUAAAUUUUAAUAUAAAAUAUUUUUAAAUUAAUAGUUGGCAAAAAUAGUUAUAAUUUGAAAUAUAGAUUGCUUUUAAUUUAAUAAAAUUUAAAUUAAUUUUAGUUAUGGGUUAUAAAUUUUAAAUUACAACUUUAGCAUAAUUAAAUUUAUGUAAGUGAAAACUUGUAUAGUUCUAGUUAUAGUAAUUUGAUAAAUUAUGAAAUCAAAAAUUACAAGGUCUGAGUGCUCUUGCCUAGUAUAAGCUUAAAUAUAAGUUUUUAUUGUUGGUAAUAACACUGACCUUGUACUUCCCUUUGAAGGCUUAUGAAUUUAACAUCAUAUUGCUACAGAAUUUCUGCACAGUUUAUAAAGAUAUUUGAGUCACUGUUUAAGAUUUGUUAUAAAACAUUUACAUAUUAUACCAAUCACAGUAGUUUGUGUCAGUCAUAGGAAUAUUAAGUAGAUAAGUUUGCUUCCUUCCUCUCCAUAUGGCAUUAGGGUUUGGAUUUUUAUCAUUCGAGACCGAAGACAGCAUUGAACGAGUUUGUGCCGAACAUUAUGUCACCUUCAACGGGAAGCAGGUGGAAUGUAAGAGAGCGGAACCACGUGAUUUAUCUAGAGGAGCGGCCAAAGGUGCUCAAGUCAAUCAAGUUGCAAAUCAGUGGGGAGGUCCCGGAAUGGGAAUGGGAGGAGGACCCGGGUGGGGACCCGGACCAAUGGGGGGACCGCCUGGGCCCGGAGGUCCAGCGGGGGGACCUGGAAUGGGCCCUGGCCCAGGCGGGCCCGGACCAAUGGGGCCUAUGGCAAAUGGCAUGAUGUCUGGUGGUUACCAAGGAGGUUGGGGCGGUCCUCAGCAGCAGGGUCCUUAUGGCCCUCAAGGUGGAUGGGGUCCUCAGCCACCAGCCGGUGGAUAUGGAGCAGGAUAUCAGGGUUGGGGUGCACCAGCUGGAGGGUUUGGUCCAUACGGUGGUCCCGGUGCACAGUUUGGUCAACAGGGAUAUGGUGGAUAUGGAGGAACCGGUGCUCCAGGAUUUGGAGGUUACGGCGGAUUUACGGCUCCGAUGGGUGGCGCACCAGCACCGGGAGGUCCUCCCGGCACGCAACCUCCAGCGGAUCCUUUCAAUCAGGCGGCGGUCACACAGGGAACAAAUCCUCCUGCACCAGGUCAGCCGAUGGGUACGGGCAAUGCCGCUCCCACUGGUGCCGCACCAAAUCAGCCACCUGGUCAGCAGACAGAUUACAAUUUCAGUAUGAUGGGAAGUUAUCCACAAGAAGCGUCUGGGUUUGGACCUUCUCGAGGUUACACUGGAGGUAUGGAUGGAAUCUCAGGCAGUCAGGCCGGAUUCGGAGGAGGAGGACAGGGCGACGGUCCGCACGUAGGAGGAAGGGGAGGAGGCCAGGCCCAAGGCUACCAUCCGUACCGGCGAGUGUGAGACGGUUUCCGACGUCGUUCGUCCGACGAACCGUAAUCUGUCACUGGAGGAACUCCGUUCGAUUCGUUUGCUUGUGUCCGGUUCCAGUGCAUUUUACCUAAUAUCUGAAUGUUCCGUCCUGGGUUCCAUCGCUUGUUCUCUCGUCGAAGCGGCAGACAUCCGUUUUUAAAAAUUAUUGUGUACAUCGACCGAGAAGCUCUCCAACCGUUACAAAACACGACAAAAAACAAGCAAAUUUUUCGACAGUUUUAAUGAAGACACGUAAAUAAAUACAUGAAAUUUUGAUUAUUUUGCACAAA